AAGAGACAGUUUCAGGGUUUCACAGUCUCAGAGCUAAAGUUAACCACAAGCAAAGGCACACUAAUCCGACUGCGAGGGACACAGUCUGUUCCACUUUGAGUUCAACUUUCUAGCAUCCUUGACCAACUAUUCCACCUGACUCUUUUAUCUGGGAGAAGGAUAAUCAUUUAGGAUGCAGUCGUGUGCCAGGUGUGGGUUUGUGGUCUACCCAGCAGAGAAGAUCAAUUGUAUCGACCAGAACUGGCAUAAAGCUUGUUUUCACUGUGAUGUCUGCAAGAUGGUCCUCACUCCUAACAACUUCAUCAGCCACAAGAAGAGGCCCUACUGCUCUGUGCACAAUCCAAGGAACAACACAUUCACGAGUGUUUACGAGACCCCCAUCAACAUCAAUGCAAAGAAGCAGAGCAAGGCAAGCAGCGAGCUGCAGUAUCGUGAAGAAGGUGAGAGCUGUAAGUCCACCUUCCACUGUGGCAUGAGAUCCAUGGAGUUGGAGAAGGCUCGCCUAACCAAUCAGACGUUAAGCCAGGCCUUUCAGUCCCAAUCAGCGUUCUCGCAGCAGCAGACCUGGUGUUCAGGGUCGUUGACCAACCAAGAGGUAGUGACAAUGUCUCAGGAACAGAAGACCAUCAGUGAUAUCAAAUACUCAGAACACUACGAUGAGUCAAAAGGAAAGGGCAGCUUUCCUGCCAUGAUAACACCUGGCUACCAAGCGGCAAAGAACGCCAAUACUUUGGCCAGCACUCUGGAAUACAAAAAAGGCCACGAAGAGAGAGUUUCAAAAUACACCACAUUUGCUGAUCCGCCUGAGGUGCUCCUGGCUAAAAAACAAGGACAAAUAGUUAGCGAUUUUGCCUACACAGAGGAAUACGAGCAGCAGAGAGGGAAAGGUAGUUUCCCAGCUCAUCUCACUCCUGGCUACAAGGUUUCCAAGAGAGCGUCAGAGCAGGCCAGUGAUAUUAAAUAUCGUCAGAUGUACGAGCAAGAGAUUAAAGGGAAAGCCAGUUCUGAGGCAGCAGCAGCUGAAAUAGUUCAUGCCAGAGAAAAUGCUGAGAACUUCAGUCAGACUGCUUACACAGAAGAGUACGAGCAGCAAAGAGGUAAAGGAAGUUUCCCUGCUAUGAUCACUCCUGGUUAUCAUCUUGCAAAGAAAGCUCAGGAAAUCGCCAGUGACCUAAAAUACAAGAAGGAUCUAAACAAGAUGAAGGGAACAUCCCACUUCCACAGUCUGGCCACAGAAGACAACCUGACUUUAAAGAAUGCCCAGAAAAUCAACAAAAUUGUCAGUAAGGUGGAGUAUAGAAAAGACUUGGAGAACACCAAAGGACACAGCAUUAACUUUUGUGAGACGCCACAGUUUCAAAAUGCUGCUAAGGUGGCUAAAUUCACCAGUGAUAACAAAUAUAAAGAGAAAUACACCAGUGACAUGAAGGGCCACUAUGAGGACUCCGGUAUCGACAAGAAGACUUUACACGCCAUUAAAGCCAGGAAACUGGCGAGUGAUAUUUCAUAUAAACAGGGCCAUGAUCUGGAGCAGGGAGAAUACAACUACCAAGCCACUCUCACACCAGGUUACCAGAGCCAAAGGAAGCUGGAUCCUCUCAAAGAUAAGAACUACAAGCAGCAUAUCGACCAGGUCAAGUACAAGUCUGUGACUGACACACCUGAGAUCGUUUUAGCCAAGAAGAACGCUCAGCUUGUCAGCAAUUUAAAUUAUAAAGCUGACUAUGAGAAGACAAAGCACCAGUACACUUUAUCCCAGGACCUGCCGCAAAUCCAAAAGGCCAGAGAGAAUGCAGCUUUGUGUAGUGAUAUUAAAUAUAGAGAAGAGUGGGAGAAGUCCAAGUCCAAAGCGUGUGAGACUGGUUUGGACGACCUGAGCGUGAGAGCUGCCAAAGCUUCUAGAGACCUCGCCAGUGAUAUUAAAUACAAAGAGCUCUACAUGAAAAACAAGGAAAAGGCAAUCGGGGUCAACAUGAGUGACUCCAAGACUCUACACUCUCUUCAUGUGGCCAAGAUGAGCAGUGAUAUUGAGUAUAAAAAGGGCUCCAAGGAAAAGCAGGCACAGUACAGCCUUCCUCUGGACAUGAUCAACCUGAGCCAUGCCAAGAAGGCUCAAGCUCUCGCCAGCGACCUGGACUAUCGCACAAAACUUCACGACUACACCGUCAUGCCUGAUGACAUCAAAGUCCAGCAGGCUAAGAAGGCUUACUCGCUGCAGAGUGAGAACCAGUAUCGUUCAGACCUGAACUGGAUGAAAGGGGUGGGCUGGGAGGCUGAGGGCUGUCUCGACAUCACUCAGGCCAAGAAAGCUGGAGAGCUGCUCAGUGAUGUUAAAUAUCGUCAAAAAGCAGACAAACUCAAGUUCACCCAGGUGGCAGACGACCUCUCCAUCAAACACGCCAAGAAAAGUCAGGAGCUGCAGAGUGAUUUGGCGUACAAAGCAAACACGGAGCAGCUCAUUCACCAGUACACCAUGACCAAGGAUGAGCCGCUUUUCAGACAAGCAAAAGCAAACGCUGACCUGAUCAGCGCGAAAUCCUACAAGAGUCAGUGGGAGAAGCAGAGAGAAAAGGGUUUUGAGCUUUCUCUGGACUCUCUUUCUAUAUUGACAGCGAAAGCCAAGAGAGACCUGGCCAGUGAUAUCAAAUACAAAGAGCAGUAUGAGAGGAGCAAAGGCAAAGUGAUUGGCAUUAAAUCAGUCAGUGACGACUCUCAGAUGGCCCAUUCUGCUCUGGCCACCAAACUUCAGAGUGACCUUCACUACAAGAAGAACUACAAGGAUACAAAGAACAAAUUCAGUGUUUCUCUGGACAUGAUGAACAUCAGCCACGCUAAGAAGGCCCAGGACCUCGCCACCGAUACCAACUACAGGACGUUCCUCCAUGAGUACACCACUCUGCCCACUGACCGCAGCGUCACCUGGGCUAAGAAGGCCUACGACCUGCAGAGCGAUAAACGGUAUCGGUCAGAUCUGAAUUGGAUGAAGGGUGUUGGGUGGGAGGCUUCAAAGUCUCUGGAUGUCCAGCAAGCCAAGAAAGCUGCAGAUUUGGUUAGCGAGAAAAAGUAUCGACAGGAUGUCAGCUCUCUCAGGUUUACCAGCAUUGAAGACACUCCAGAAAUGAUCCAGGCCAAACUCAGCAAUAAACUGGCUGUUGAUAGGUUGUACAGGGAGAAAGGGGAAAACAUGAAGCACAACUACACACUCAACAAAGAGUUACCUGAGUUGGUGCAAGCCAAGAUCAAUGCCAAAAACAUUAGUGAGACUCAUUAUAAGGAAUCCUGGAACAAGUUACGCGAUGGAGGCUACAAGCUGCAUCUGGACGCUAUUCCGUUCCAGUCUGCCAAAGCAUCUGGGGAGAUCUUGAGUGAUCAAAAGUACAAAGGAGAGUUUGAGAAAUCCAAAGGGAAGAUGAUUGGACUUAAGGGACUGCAGGAUGACUUGAGUAUUGCUCACUCGGUGCACGCCAGCAGGCUACAAAGUGAUAUUAAGUACAAGCAGGAAUCUGCAAAGGAGCUCUCAAAAUAUCAGCUGCCGAUGGACAUGAUGGAUGUCAUUCAUGCUAAAAAGGCUCAGUCAUUGGUCAGUGAUCACGACUACAGGCUUUCAUUGCAUAACUACACCUCACUGCCCGAUGACAUGAACCUGCAGGCUGCUAAGAAGGCGUACGCGCUGCAGAGUGAGAAAUUGUAUCGUUCUGACUUGAAUUACUUGAGAGGUGCCGCCUGGAUCGCUACUGGUUCUCUGCAGAUUGAAGGGUCCAAACGGGCUACAGACCUCAUCAGUGAGCAAAAAUACCGACAGCAACCCUACAAAUUCAAGCACACUGUUGUUGCAGACUCCCCAGACAUCGUCCACGCUAAAUUCAGCAAUCAGAUCACAAAUGAACGUUUGUACAAAGAAAAAGGGAUAAAUGACCAACACAACUACACCAUUACCACUGAGAGACCAGAGAUCACACAAGCAAAGAUCAAUGCUUCCAACUUCAGUGAGAUAAAAUACAAAGAGUCCUGGCACACUCUGAGAGCUCAGGGCUACAAGCUCACCAUGCAGGACAUCCCCUUCCAGUCUGCUAAGAGCUCCACAGGCAUUGCCAGUGAUUACAAAUAUAAACACAACCACCUGCUGGAAAAGGGGAAGCACAUCGGAGUAAGAAGUGUCACAGAUGACCCACACCUCCAGCACUGUCUGCAGGCCGGUCAGCUGGCCAGUGACCAGAAGUACCGCAGGGAUGCACUGUCAGCCAGCGGGCAGUACCAUCUCACCCCGGACAUGAUCCAUCUGGUGGCGGCUAAGAACGCCCAGUCACUGGCCAGCGAUCAGGACUACAGGAAGAGGCUGCAUGAGUAUACGGUGCUCCCUGAUGACAUGAAGGUCAAGUGGGCUAAAAAAGCCUACAACCUACAGAGUGAGAAACUCUACAAGUCAGACCUGAGUUUCAUGAAAGGAGUGGCCUGGGAUGGAGUUGGUGCACCUCAGCUGGAGGCAGCUAAGAAGGCAGGAGAACUCAUCAGUGAGAAGAAGUAUCGCCAGCUGCCCGACAGACUCAAGUUCACCUCGGUUCCUGACUCUCCUGAUAUUAUGCACGCUAAAAUGAGCUAUCAGCAUUGCAGUGAGAGGCUGUACAAAUCUGGAAAGGAUGAUGACAUGCAUAAAUACACCUUACAUGCAGAUGACCCAGACUUUGUCAGAGCCAAGGUCAACGCUCAGCAGAUCAGUGAUAAAGUCUACAAAGCAUCUGGAGAGCAGGUGAAGACAUCAGGAUGUGACCUGAGACUGGAUGCUAUUCCCUUCCAAACUGCCAGAGCCUCAAGAGAAAUCGCCAGUGAUUACCGCUACAAGGAGUCUCACCUGAAGGACAAGGGCCACCAGGUGGGGCUGCGCUGCGUGGAGGAUGACCCUAAGAUGGUGCACUCUCUGGCAGCCAGCAAGCUCCAGAGCAACCUGGAGUAUGCACGUCAGUCCAAGGAGGAGCGAUCCCAUUACAACAUAAGGCCGGACCAGCCCGAGUUCCUGCAGGCCAGAAAGAGCCAAGCUCAGGCCAGUGACCUCACCUACAGGAACAAACUCCACGACUACACCUGUGACCCCGAGCAGCUCAACGUCAAGCAUGCCAAGCAGGCCUACAGGCUGCAGAGUGAUGUGAACUACAAGUCAGACCUGAAUUGGAUCAGAGGAGUGGGAUGGACCCCGCCCGGCUCCCACAAGGCAGAGCUGGCUCGCAGGGCUGCAGAGUUGGGCCUGGCGGAGGGGGUUAGCACCGACGAGGCUAUUGCAAAGUAUCAGCAAAUGAUGAUGCUGCAUCACCAGCAGCAGAUGGAGCAGCAGCAGCAAUCCUCAGAGCAGACGGAAACAAGCGAGGAGGUUCAACAGGGCAUCAACAUGGACGCCAUGGAGGUACUUCACGUAAAGAGGAAGAAAACCACUCAGACGGUCCAGAAAAAAUCUUCCACCGUCACAACUUCCUUCAGAUCCAUGGAGAAGAAAUCCAGCUCCACGUCAUCCUCCUCCACAGCUGCCAUCCAGAACACAGAGCAAAGAAGUGUGUCUAGUAAAGCUGCAAUAGAAAACGCAUAGAGCCAAGAGGUUUUAUAUAGAUUUUAUAGUGUUCAGAGAUGGAAUUAAGUGGUUUAUUUACCAAGCUGAUCAAACUGAUAUUGUGUCUCAGUAGUUAUGUGAGAUUCUGCACCAAUGAAGUUCUAUCGUGAGCAAUGGGAGAUUAGUAUGUUGAACCAGGGCAGGAGAUGUCAUGUUGGUGAUGUUGUUGAUGCGCUCAACAAAAAGGGAUUUAUUAGGAUUUUUGUAAAUCUAUUGAUUGACACUCAGAACCAUUGUCUUUAAAUAUGAAAAUGAAGAUUUAAGAACAGGAACUGUUAGAAGAUGGAAAUGUUGAAAUGAAAACAUGCAUGUUUUUGUCUACAGUACGUUAGAAGGGUUGUAAGUUGGACCAGGGUUUCUGAGAGACUGGCAGUACAAAGUGCAGAAUAUUUAUUUUUACAUGGUUUCAUCUGCAGCAGGUGAGUCUCACUGCAGCCAUGCAAAUUGUGUCUGAUGUAUAGCCACGGGCUCUAUUCUCUGUAACAGACCCCAUGAAAUGAUCUACUUUAGUCUGGCAGGUUCAGCUGUGAGUUUGGAACGGUGUCACUUUUAACUCAAAGCUGGGCUGGGAGUAAAUGCUUGGUAUUAUUGCCGUUUCAAUAAAGUUGUUUUCCAAGGCAAA